AUGAAGAGUUGCUUCCCUUGUUUACAUUUAAGCCAUGAAUAUAAAAAGACUGAUCAGUGAUGAUUUAGAAUAAGUGCAAAUGCGCUUGACUGUUAUUCAAUGACAAUAUGCAGGCAUCAACUGGAUUCGAGAAGUUCAUUACAGGUGGACUUAUCAAUACUGGCCAUGUUAGUGGGGUGUUGUUACUGACCAGACAGGGACAGACCAUGUACAGUUUUGGAGAUCUACAACAUCUUCCACAGGAAGAAGUGAAGCAGUUCCUUAGCUUGUUUGAAAGAUAUUCAUCCGAGGGUCUAGCAAACAAAGACUUCCACAUUUCUCCACCCAAGAGAAGGGGAUGGAUCUUUAAAACAUAUCAGAGAACAUUUUCAAGUGUAUAUGCAACGUGUAGCCGGGAUUCAGGAGGACUUACUGUGUGUAAUCUCCCGUAUGGUAUUCUCAUAUGUGUGUAUGGACCUACGACUUUGCCCGGAGAAGCAAUAAAAGCCAUCGAGAAUUUCUGUGAUGUCAUGAGAAGAUAGCAAGAGUUUCUGCCAUUUUUCCAGAUUCUAAUUUUAAAGGCUUUGUUAACACAAUAAAACAGUGAAAGAUUCUGUGACAUGGAAGCAUUUCUAUAGCUAGCUUAUUUUUAUUUUCGUAAGCAAGCUCUGGAAACACAGUAAAAGCCUUUGAGAAAAGUUUGGUAAAACAGGCAACUGCUGCUUUAAUGGACAAAUCAAUGACAAUUUUGGACAUCUAACUUCAGGAAGGGACACUUGAUUUCAACUGUUGGUGUUCAUUCAGGAUGCCUUGGAUAUAAAGUCAUUAUUUAUGUGAUCUAGAUUUAGUUUAAACAUUAUUUUUAUGAUAAUACACAUAAAAUACAUAUAUAUCAUUGUAAGGAUUGGGGAAAUAGCUGAAUGGAUUUACCUCUCUCCUUACUCCUAUCUGAAUGUGACCUUACAUAUAAUAUACAGCUAGAGUGGAAAUGACAUUUAAGAAAUAUUGACAUUCAACAUGUAAACUCACUUCAUAACAUGAUGUUUAGAAAUGUCAUACAAAUGCACUACAAUGAUAAACAAAGUAUGUUUUAUUUCAAAACUGGAAAGCAAAUAUGAAAAAUAGAAUGCUUAUAGUUUUUUAUAUUGUUUUGUAAUCAUUUAACUUAGCUGAAUCUCAUUUGAAACUGUGGCAUUUAGACUUACAUGUAUGGCAUUUAAUCAUUGAUUUUCACCUUGAAUAAUAUUUGUGGAAUUUAUAGUGGUGCUUCAUCUGUUAGUAUUGGAAAUAUAAUUUUGUUUUUACAUGAUUGUUGCAAUUCAUUUAAUACUAGUAAUUAUGCCCCCCCCCCCCUUCGAAGAAGAGGGGUAUAUUGCUUUGCACAGGCAUGUCGGUAUGUCGGUCGGUCGGUCGGUCCGUCGGUCGGUCCGUCGGUAGACCAAAGCUUGUCCGAGUGAUAACUCAACAAUUCCUGGAUGUAUGGUCAUCAAACUUCACAUGAAGGUUGGGCCUGAACAGUAGAUGACCCCUAUAGAUUUUGGGGGUCAUCGGGUCAAAGGUCAAGGUCACAGUGACCUUUAAUGGUAAAAUAAUUUUAAAGCUUGUCCGAGUGAUAACUCAACAAUGCCUGCACCCAUGGCCCUCAAACUUGACAUAGAGGUUGGGCCUGACCAGUAGAUGACCCCUAAUGUUUUGGGGGUCAUCAGGCCAAAGGUCAAGGUCACAGUGACCUUGAAUGGUAAAAGGUUGUCCGAGUGAUAAUGUGACAAUGCCUGCACCCAUGGCCAUGAAACUUGACUUGGAGGUUGGGCCUGACCAGUAGCUGACCCCUAUUGUUUUUUGGGCUCAAUGCGUCAAAGGUCAAGGUCACAGUGACCUUGAAUGGUAAAAGGUAGUUUGAGUGAUAACUCAACAAUGCCUGCACCCAUGGCUGUCAAACUUGACUUGGAGGUUGGGCCUGACCAGAAGAUGACCCCUAUUGUUUUUGGGGUCAUCAGGCCAAAGGUCAAGGUCACAGUGACCUUGAAUGGUAAAAGGUUGUCCGAGUGAUAAUGUGACAAUGCCUGCACCCAUGGCCCUCUGACUUGGAGAAUUGGCCUGACCAGGAGAUGACCCCUAUGGUUUUGGGGGGUCAUCUGGCCAAAGGUCAAGGUCACAGUGACCUGGAAUGGUAAAAGGUUGUCCGAGUGAUAAGUUGACAAUGCCUGCACCCAUGGCCCUCAAACUUGACUUGGAGGUUGGGCCUGGCCAGAAGAUGGUCCCUAUUGAUUUAAGGGGUCAUUGGGCCAAAGGUCAAGGUCACAGUGACCUGGAAUGGUAAAAGGUUAUCCGAGUGAUAACUUGACAAUGGCUGCACCCAUGGCCCUCAAACUUGAUUUGAAAGUUGAGCCUGGCCAGAAGAUUGUCCCUAUUAAUUUUAGGGGUCAUUGGGCCAAAGGUCAAGGUCACAGUGACCUUGAAUGAUAAAAGGUUGUCCAAGUGAUAACUCAACAAUGCCUGCACCCAUGGCCCUCAAACUUGACAUGGAGGUUGGGCCUGACCAGUAGAUGACCCAUAUUGAUUUUAGGGGUCAAAUGUCAAGGUCACAGUGACCUUGAAAGCAAACUCGACAAUUCUUGGACCUAUGGUCAUCAAACUUGACAUGAAGGUUGGGCCUGCCCAGUAGAUGACCCCUAUUGACUUUGGGGGUCAUCAGGCCAAGGUCAAUGUUACAGUAACCUUUAACGCAAAAAAGUUAACAAAUCUUCCCCCACUGAUAUCUCAACAAUGCCUGAACCUAUGAUCAUUAAACUUGACAUGGAUGUUAAGCGUGACCAGUAGAUCACCCUUAUUGAUUUUAGGAUUUUAGCCAAAGGUCAAGGUCACAGUGAUCUUGAAUGGUAAAAGGUUGUCCGAGUGAUAACUCAACAAUGCCUGAACCCAUGGCCUUCAAACUUGACUUGGAGUUGCAUCUGACUUGUAGAUGACCCCUUAUGAUUUAAGGGGUCAUCGGGUCAAAGGUCAAGGUCACAGUGACCUUGAACGAAAAAAACUUGUCUUGUGAUAACUUGACAAUGCCUGCACCCAUGGCCCUCAAACUUGACAUUUAGGUUUCUGGUGACCAGCUGAUGACUCUGGAUUUUGAGUUCAUAGAGUCAAAGGUCAUGACGGUCAUAACACACUUUAUCCUCACACUUUAAUGGUCAUAAUCUUAAAACAGCAACAAAUCAGCUGUCAUUUCGGUCCAUGCAUAUUUCAUUCAAUUGUCCAUAUAAUCCUGACAACAUGGCGCUCAGGGGGGGCAUAAUGUUUGACAAACAUCUCUUGUUACAAAUUGUAUUUAUAUUUAACUGUAUAAAUCUCAAGUGGUUUUCAUCAAUUGUUUUUUUUUUAAGGCAUUUCUAUUGAAUCAUUGUAUCAUUAUGAAACUGAAAGCAUGUAAUAAAUCCAUGUGAAAAGACUGCCGUUAUAUCAUCGUGUUCAAC